CUAUCACCACCCUCUCUCCCUUCUCUAUAAGCUUUCUUCCGUGUGCAAUCAUCCUCUCCUCUGGUUUUCUUCAAUCUUAAUAUUCUCUUUUUUAUUUAUUUAUUUCCUUUCAUUUUUUUAUUAUUGAUUUUUUCUUUCACCUAUAUAAAAAUCAAAUCAAUCGCUUAUUAAACAAAUUUGUUGAUGAUAAAGUGAAACGAAGAACAAGAGCGUUUUUUUUCUUAAAAUCAUCAUCAUCAUAAAAAUCGUUUACUUUGUUGAUACAAAAAGUUGGUCUUCGACUUUCUCGAAUACCGAUUAAGAACUACAACUAGGGUUCGAUUUCCAUUUGGGGAGUAGAAGCAAUUAAUGGGAAGUCGAGGUCAAAAGCGUCCAGAAAUGGUAGAUGAACUGCCUGCUGAUAAAAGGGCGUGCAGUUCGUUCGAUUUUAGACCAAGUUCUUCGACCGCCUCGGUUCAAACCCAUAUAAAUUCAACAACUUCGGCAGUGGAGCCCCAUGAGAAUGACAUGGAUACUUCCUCGUCUGCUUCGGCUUCAAGCCGAUCGGAGGGUGAGCCAGAGAAGGAUUCAGCUUAUGGAUCAUGUGAUUCAGAUGACAUGGAGCACUAUCAUAGCAGUCUCCAUGAAUAUCAUAGACGGAGAUUAUCGAGUGAUCAUGGGAAAUUUAAAAACAUUAUAUCAAGCUUGAGUGGACAGACUGAACCUUCUGGUCAGUUGGCUGUUCUUACUGAACUCUGUGAAGUGUUGUCAUUCUGUACAGAGGGUUCACUCUCCAGCAUGACUUCAGACUUGUUAUCACCAAUGCUUGUAAAGCUGGCAAAGCAUGAGAGUAACCCGGAUAUAAUGUUGUUUUCUAUAAGGGCUAUCACUUACAUAUGUGAUCUGUAUCCUCGAUCAGCUGGUUUUCUUGUUCGUCAUGAUGCUGUUUCUGCUUUAUGUCAAAGAUUACUGACUAUUGAGUAUCAAGACGUAGCUGAACAGUGUCUUCAAGCAUUGGAGAAAAUAUCGCGAGAGCAACCACUUGCUUGCUUACAGGCCGGGGCAAUUAUGGCCGUUCUAAAUUAUAUAGAUUUCUUCUCUACAAGCAUACAGAGAGUGGCUCUUUCUACUGUGGUGAACAUAUGCAAGAAGCUUCCCUCAGAAAGCCCCACACCUUUCAUGGAGGCUGUGCCCAUAUUAUGCAAUCUUCUUCUAUACGAGGAUCGGCAGCUUGUCGAAAACGUUGCUACCUGCUUAAUCAAAAUUGUUGAUCGAGUUUCUCAUUCCUCAGAAAUGUUGGAUGAACUUUGUAAGCAUGGAUUGAUUCAACAGGUCACACAUCUUUUAAGUGUAAAUGGCAGAGCGACCCUGUCCCAAUUAAUUUAUAAUGGAUUGAUAGGAUUACUUGUCAAACUUUCAUCGGGAUCAUUCAUAGCCUUCAGGACUUUAUAUGAGCUAAAUAUAAGUGGCAUAUUGAGAGAUAUAUUAUCUGCGUUUGACCUCUCACAUGGUGUAUCAACUUCACAGCUUGUUGGUGGACACUGCAACCGGGUAUAUGAAGUACUCAAAUUGCUAAAUGAACUUCUCCCUGGCCUGGAUAAAGAUCAGAAUAGUCAACUAGUGUUAGACAAAGAAUCCUUCAUAGCUAAUCAUCCAGAUCUACUGCAGAAGCUUGGGAUGGAUGUGUUUCCCAUGUUAAUCCAGGUGUUUAAUUCUGGUGCAAGUUUAUUUGUUUGCCAUGGCUGUCUAUUCGUUAUGUACAAGUUUGUUUGUUUGACCAAAUCUGGCAUGCUCGUGAAAUUGCUGAAAAAUGCCAAUAUUUCAAGUUUUUUGGCUGGAGUGUUCACUCGAAAGGAUCACCAUAUGCUAAUCUUAGCCUUACAGAUUGCUGAGAUAAUCCUUCAAAACUUCUCUGAUAUUUUCUUAAAGUUAUUUAUAAAGGAGGGUGUCUUUUUUGCCAUUGAGGCACUCUUAACACCUGAAAGAUUUACACAGUUGGUGUACCCAGUAUUUAGCAGCAUUCAACUGUCGUUAGACUCUGGCCAAAGGUCUUCUUCAAGAGAGGUCCUCAAAUGCCUAUGUUACACAUUUUCAACUGCCCAAUCUCCUACAUCAUCAGAAGCAAGAAGUUGCAAACUUGACAAAGACUCUGUUUAUAAUCUUGCAGAGCAUAUAAAAACAAAAUACUUAGCUCCGGAAUUAUAUGAUUCUGAGAAAGGAUUGACUGAUAUUUUGAAGAAUCUCAGAGCAUUGUCUAAUGAUUUGUUGAGCAUGUCCACUGGUGUAGGUGCUCUUGCUGUCCAUGAAGAGAAGAUCAAUAGGGUACUGGAUCAAAUUAUGGACAAGCUUAUUGGCAAGGAGGAAGUUUCAACUUUUGAAUUUAUUGAGAGUGGAGUUGCGAAAGCACUUGUUAAUUAUUUAUCUCUUGGCCAUUAUAUGAAGGAAAACAAGGGAGUUCAUGGUGUUUGUGGUCAUAAUGCUGUCAUAGAAAAACGAUUUGAGGCUUUAGCUAGUGUAUGCUUAUGUACUUUUCAGCCUCUGUCUGGCGACACACCCCUUUCUGUAUUAAUCAGGAAUCUGCAGAGUGCACUGACUUCAUUGGAAGCGUUCCCUAUUAUUUUGAGCAAUGUACAAAAACAGCGAAAUUCAUUUGCUACUGUUCCUAAUGGGCGUUGCGUUCCUUAUCCUUGCCUGAAAGUCCGUUUUGUCAAUGGGGAGAAAGAGACUGGCUUGAAUGACUGUGCUGAGGAUAUUUUUACUGUUGACCCUUUUGCUUCUUUGCAUUCCAUUGAAAGAUAUCUAUGGCCGAAGGUCAGCGGAAAAUGUGCAGAGCAUGUGAGAUUAUCAUCCAGUGUGUUGCAACCAGAAAGUCCACCGCUUCAAUUGCCAACAAAUACAAGUUCGUGCCUGGAUGAAAUUCCAGCAAUGUCAGGACCUGCGGACGUGUCUACAGACCUCCGUGAAACACAUGGAGAAGAGUCAAAGUCAUCACAACCUAGACCUGAUCAAGCAGUCGAUGUGAAUGCUGGGGAAUCAUCUUCUGGAAUUCAGAUUGCAGAACAAGAAAAGCAUUUCGAUGCAGAAGCAGACUCAAAACUUGAAAAAGAGCAUCCUACAUCUUCUAGCAACAAAGCUGCUCAUAAACUUGUUUUUUACCUUGAAGGACAACCUCUGGAUCAUAAAUUGACUCUUUAUCAGGCAAUUCUUCGCCAAAUAAUAAAACAAAAUGAUUCUGGUUUUACUGCGAAAGUGUGGAGUCAAGUGCAUAUAUUAACCUAUAGAACAGCUGUGAAAUCUGAGGACGUAAUGCCUUUGGAUUGUCAUUCCUCACCUCAAGAUUUCUCUCAUGAUAAAGUUUUAGCAUUUUACCAGCAGACUCCUUUUUUAUCAGACAUGUUCUAUUGUGAACUUGUCUCUGAUUUGGAGAAGUCAAGUCCAACUUAUGAUAUUCUGUUUCUUCUUAAAAGCUUAGAAGGCAUGAACAGAUUUAUAUUUCAUCUUAUGUCACGUGAAAGAAUUUGUGCUUACGCUGAAGGUAAAGCUGAUAAUCUGGAUAGCCUAAAAAUUACAGUUCCUACUGUCCAACUAAAUGAGUUUGUGAGCAGUAAGUUGACAGAGAAGCUGGAGCAACAGAUGAGGGACUCUUUGGCAGUCUGCAUUGGGAGUAUGCCUUUGUGGUGUAAUCAGUUAAUGGCUUCUUGUCCGUUCCUAUUUAGUUUUGAAGCAAGAUGCAAAUACUUCAAACUGGCAGCAUUUGGCCAGCCAGGAAUACCGCCUUACAUAUCUUACAAUAACUCUGAAACAGUGAAUGACAGGCGACUGAGCCAUGGUGUAUUGCCUCGAAAGAAGUUUUUAGUUUAUCGCGACCGGAUCCUCGAGUCUGCUGCACAAAUGAUGAAGCUACAUGCCAGUCAUAAAGUGGUUCUUGAAGUGGAGUAUGAUGAAGAAGUGGGCACUGGUCUUGGACCAACUUUGGAAUUUUAUACCUUGGUGUGUCAGGAGUUACAGAAAUCUGGCUCGGGCAUGUGGAGAGAGGAUGCUUCUUCAUACACCCUGAAGACAAACUUGCAGGCUGAGGACAUGGGAAUCCAUUCUUUUUAUGGACUCUUUCCCCGUCCAUGGUUGUCAACCCAAGAUGCAUCUGGUGGCAUACAGUUCUCUGAAGUAACAAAGAAAUUUUUCCUUUUAGGUCAAGUUGUUGCUAAAGCACUUCAAGAUGGAAGGGUCUUAGAUCUGCACUUUUCUAAAGCCUUCUAUAAACUUAUUCUGGGAAAGGAACUUUAUCUCUACGACAUACAGUCACUUGAUCCUGGGCUUGGCAGGGUGCUGCAUGAGUUUCAAGCACUAGUUAACAGGAAGAAAAAAUUGGAAUCGGUCUGUGAAGGGAAUUCUGAGUUGGAACAAGGAUUAAGCUUUCGAGAUUCUAGAAUUGAGGAUCUUUGUCUUGAUUUUACUCUUCCUGGAUAUCCUGAUAUUGUUCUUGCUUCAGGGUUUGAUCACACCAUGGUAAAUAUGAGAAACCUGGAGGAUUAUGUUUCACUUACUGUUGAUGCAACUGUGAAGUCUGGAAUUUCAAGACAGGUGGAAGCCUUUAUAUCUGGCUUUAACCAGGUUUUUCCCAUUGAGCAUCUUCAGAUUUUUUACGAAGAGGAACUUGAGCGUAUGCUUUGUGGAGAGGAUGAUUCUUGGGCUAUCAAUGAGCUUGCAGAUCACAUUAAGUUUGAUCACGGUUACACUGCUAGCAGUCCUCCAAUUGUUAACUUGUUGGAAAUUAUCCGAGAGUUUGACCACGACCAGAGACGAGCAUUUCUGCAGUUCGUGACUGGCACACCUCGGCUUCCUCCAGGAGGAUUGGCAUCUCUCAAUCCAAAGUUGACUAUCGUCCGAAAGCAUUGUAGCAACCAAGCAGACUCAGACCUACCUAGUGUGAUGACAUGUGCAAAUUACCUUAAGCUACCUCCUUAUUCAUCAAAAGAAAAGAUGAAAGAGAAGCUCUUGUAUGCCAUAACAGAGGGUCAAGGAUCUUUCCACCUUUCAUGACUUCAUUCUCUUGACUGGAUCUGUAUUUGGAUUUUGAAGGUGUAAUUAUUAGGGUUACUAUAGCAAUGUAGAUAAGGGUGUUAACUAGCUGCUGGAAGUUCUGGUCGCAAGAAGUUACUUGGGGACAAAGCUCAUGUCUUCACUGACUACAAUUGUUGGGGGGUGUAUAUAGCCUGCUGAUAGUUUAGCUGUUUAUUGGUGGCUUGUGUCCGUUGUAUAGAAACGGAGGGCAAGUUAAGUAGUCAUGCUUUGAUAUUUUUUGUACAGUAUUUUGUAUAGGGACCUUAACGAUUAAUAUCCGUUUACAUGCAGUGAAAAUAGUAGUCUCCUAUCUUUGCUGCCAUUGCUACAUCUGCGGUUAUAUUUAUUUAUAUCAUAUGAUUUUCCAUGAACAAA